AUGAACGUCAUCUACUAUGCAAGCAGAACGCUAGACGAUGCUCAAACCCGUUACACGACAACCGAGAAGGAAUUACUAGCCGUGGUGUUUGCUUUUGACAAGUUCAGGAGCUACAUUGUGGGCUCAAAGGUCAUAGUUCACACUGAUCACGCAGCUCUCAAGUAUCUCUACACCAAGAAAGAUGCUAAACCGAGGCUGAUUAGAUGGGUUCUCUUGCUUCAAGAGUUCGAUAUCGAGAUAGUGGACACCGAGAAUGAGGAUCGAAGAGAGAUGGAAGUUCCAAGUGGAUGGAGUGGAUACCAGAGAAAGAAGUUCUUCAAAGAUGUGGUUCACUACUAUUGGGAUGAACCCUAUUUGUUCAGAAAAGGGAAUGAUAACUUGUUCAGAAGAUGUGUAGCUAAAGAAGAGGUUGAAGGGAUUCUUGUUCCAUUGCCAUGGUCAAGCUAUGGAGGCCAUUUUGCGGUUUUCAAAACGGUCCAGAAGGUGUUACAAGCAGGUUUUUGGUGGCCAAGUAUGUUCAAAGAUGCACAUGCCUUCAUCUCUAAGUGUGAGGCUUGUCAAAAGGCAGGGAACAUCACGGCAGGAACGAGAUGCCUCAGAAUCCUAUCUUGGAAGUUGAAGUGUUUGACGUAUGGGGAAUAG